CUGAGUUUGGCCACACCGCCAUAAAGAGGCUCGGUGGAGUGUUGUAGUGAUGGUUGCCCUCCUGUAAGUUUCUCCCAUCUGCAUAUAUGAUUAUGUGACAGUCAGAUUCUUGAUCACCAGUAUAACCAAGCCCUUCUCCAUCAAUUGCUCAGUUUGGCCAGGGGCCAGCUCGAGGAAGAGUCCUAGUUGUUUCAAGCUUCAACCAUUAUGGUUAAUGGAGGCUACAUGCUUCUGUGAACCUUCAAUACACCAGAUUUUUUUUCUUCUAAACUCUUCCAAAGAUCUGUGUCUUGAUACAAGCCUGUUUCAGAGCUCUACAGGCAGUUAUUUUGACCUCAGGGCUUGGUUUUUGCUCUGAUAUGCAUUUUCAGCUGUUAGACCUUUUUUGAGAUGUGCGUGCCUUUCCAAAUCACACUCAUUCAAAUGAAUUUGCCACAGUUUAACUCUGCUCGAAGUAUAGUAACAUCUACAAGCAACAUGAGUGCUCCUGAGCUAAAUUUCAAGUGUCCCAGAAAAGGGUAUGAAUACUUAUGCAACUGAAUCACUUAUGCAAAUUUCAGUUUUUUAUUUCUAAUAAAUUUUGGUUACAAACCUGUUUUGUGCUUUGUUUUCAUGGUGUAUGAAAUGUAGAUUGAUGUGGGAAAAAAGGAAUUUAAAGAAAAUUAACAUAAGACCGCAAAAUAACAAAAUGUGAAAAAAAUGAAGGGGGUAUGAAUACUUUCGCAAGGCACUGUAUAUAUAUAUAUGUAUUCCUAAAGAUAAAUGAACCAAAUAAUGAAAAUAAAUAAAUAAAAAACAUACAAUGGAUUCCAUAUAUUGAGUAUAUAUUGAGUUUAGUGUCUAUAUCAACAGUGGGAAGAAUGCUGGAGCAGAACUUCACAGAUGUCCAUGCUCUGUUGGUGUCCUGGUUGCAGCACUACAUCAAUGAGACGUGGGUGGUGGGAGCAGCUCCAUAUGUGCCACCACAUCAUCCACCUGUGCAUUUGAGUGGGGCUCCAGUCCAAGAUAAAGGUCACGGCAUGAUCUACAUCUGUCUGAUGGUGGGACUCUUCAGUUUCUUUACCUUUGGCAUCAUGUUCAGCUAUAUUCGCUCAAAGAAGGUGGAGAACUCUCAGGAUCCAUAUCAUCAGUAUAUAGCUAAAGACUGGGCUAGUAUAGCAUCUCCUAUGGUCAUCAGCAACCCAGCUACUCUUGGACACCUUCCGGGGUACAGUGGAAGAGAGCAGGAGCAGGCCUAAAUUACUGCCUAGAUUUUCUGCUUCAUUAAAUUCAAAUGUCACUGUUGUUCAUUCAAUGAAAGUAGC